AUGUCAUCGCCUCAAACUAGAUCACCUUCGCCUCCGUUCAAUAAUUCAACAUUUAUAUUACCAACGUCUAUAAUGAGUUCACAUGAUCAUCAAUUCAAUAAUCCUAAUAAUACACAACAUAGGCAAUUAAGCCCACAGACUAUAUCAAGCUUACAUCAUCAUCAACAGCUGCAGCAUCAACAAUUACAAAAUCAUCAACAGAAUAAUCAUAGUCAUCAAAACCAAAGUCAUCAAAAUCAACCUUAUUAUUUACAUCCACAACAAUUACGUCUGCAGCCAACUGUUACGCAUCACAAUUCUUCCUCAUCCGCUUCACUGAUUGAUGAAGUCAGUUUUACCCAAGAAAAAAUAGAUAAGGAGUUACAAAUAAAAGAUCGAGAUAUGCCGAAAAAGGAAUUAGAUAUCGAACUUCAUACUUCUAUUAGUGCUGAAAAUUCAAAAUCCGUCAUAAACCUUUCGAAAAUUAAAGAAGCCAUAACUGAAGAAACUAACGAAAUCGAGACUUUAACACCGAAGAUUUCAAUUAACACAUCUAUUACACCCCCAACAUCAUCAUCAACUACUUCCUCGAGCACAUUAAAGUCAUGCAAAAGGUCAUCGUCAGCCUCGAAUGAUCUUUUGUACGAAAGGGAUAGGUUCAGAGCCAGAUUGAAAAGUUUCAAUGAUUGUAGUCAUUGUGAGGGGUCAAGUAAAGAUACAAAAUCUGAGGGUAAAGCAUGUGAAGUUUGUGAUGGUAUCGGGUUCAAAACAGCUAAACUUAAUAUGAAUCAUUUACAUCUGCUACAUCCGACAGAAUUAAGCGAAAAUGUAGAUGAUGUUACACAUGAGGAAGUGGAAAAAAAUAUAUUCGACUUCAAACAUAUUACAAUUCAAAACUUAAAACUUAUAUUUCAUAAAUACUUCAACUCAACACUACCCAAAACCCAAGACGUAUUUCCCUGGCUUCAUGGUUUACAUAAUGAUAAUUUCGCUCAAAAGUCAUUUUUUCUACAACAACAACAACAAUUACAACAAAAACUAGGUAUAAAUAACAACUUCUUUUUCGAUUAUGACUUAACCAAACCCAAGUCGACAAAAUUCUUAAUGAGUAUAAGUGAUGAAACUUUACCAAUACAACUACAUAAUAGUGUCAAGAUAAGUGAAAUACUACAGAAAAUAGAUGUCUCAAAACUGGAAAUUAAGAAUAUAAUAGAAUCAAUAUGGGAUGACGAAAUCAUAGAUCAUAAAUUUUUGGAUGUCUUGGUUAAUGAUUGUAUUUCGUUAAAUGUUUUACCAAUUUUUUUAAAUUUAGAUCCUGAUAGAGGUAUAUCAUUAAGAAAUUUUCAUAUUCAAGUUGCUAAAUUACUGACUUGUUCUGAUUUUGUAAUAUAUGGUUCCGAUAAAAAUAAAAUGAUGUCAAUGGCUAGAGUUUUGUGGCUAGCUCAAAAAUAUGACCAACAACAAUACUCGGUUGAAACAGUUGAAGAGAAAACGAUUUACAUUUUAGAUGAUGAUAUUUUAGAUAAUUGUGAUAUUUAUGAACAGUUAUCAAAUGAUGAAGAUGAUGACUCUAUAAAUGUACCAUUGAAGCAUUAUUUCAAUUUUUCAAAAAUUAAUCCCCAAAGGUUGAAUUAUAAAGUCAAGGAUCCUUCAUUAAUAUGGGAAAAUGAUUUCCAACUAAAUGAAAAAAUUGAAACCACUAAAAUGUCAACAGCAACUAAAAUAAAUCAAAAUGUUUGGGUUGGUAACUUUUGGGAUUUUCAAAUAAUGAAACAUUAUAUCAAUGUCAAGAAGAAGAUAGAAUCAAAUCACAACUCCAUCCAAAAAGAUGCAUAUAAUGAUCCACAAAAUUCAUUAAUUUUACAUAAGAACCUAAGGUCAAGAGAUUUCAUUGAUUUAUUGCCUAGACCCAAAUCAAAUUACAAAUUAUUUUUACAUUGUCAUUCUGAUGCAACUUUUCCUGAUUUAAAUGAAUUAUCAAAAUUAUUAUUCCAAUACACAAUUUCGAGUCAUGAUGAUAAUGAAGAACAAGAAAGACAUUAUUUGAAUUUCCCACCUUCUGGAUCGCUUGGAAUAGGUGAUUGUAAAAGAGAAAAUUUAAAUCUGAUUAUUAACACCUGUAAACUAAUUUAUUUAUAUUCUUCAUCAAAUAAUGACAGAGGAUUAAGUUCAUUAAUUUAUUGCUCUGAUGGGUAUACUGAAUCUUCAUUAUUUGUAUUUUGCUUCAUGAUUUAUUCAUUGAACAUUAGUUUGGAUGAAGCUAUUUUGCAAUUGCAUCUAAAAUAUGGUAGGCCAUAUUAUAUAUUCAAUAGUGAUGUUAUUAUAUUAAAUAAAUUGGAACCAUUGUUGAGAAAAUUCAGUCCUUUGAAUUUAGGUGAAAAGAUGUCUUGGUCAAAAUUAGAAGAAUUGAACGCUACUGAAAUCAACGAAAUAUUAUUGGGUAGACCUAAAGUUCAGAAUAAUACCAGAUUGGGUUAUAUUGUGAAUAGCGAUGAUGAGGAUGAUAAUUAUGGACAACACCAUGUUGAUUCUAGUGAUUUUGACACCAGUUCCUCGAAUGAUGAUGAUGAUGACGACGAUGAUGAUGUUUCAGAUAAUGAAAGUGAGGAAUCUGAAUUGAAAAAUUUUCAAAUUGAUUGGGUCAAAGAAGUCGAAGGAUCAAUUCCAUCAAAGAUUUUACCUUAUCUAUACCUUGGGUCAUUGAAACAUGCAUCAUGCUUACCACUUUUAAACAAACUAGGUAUUAAAAAAAUCAUAUCAGUUGGUGAAAAUUUACCUUGGAUUAAUGGUUAUAAAUUUCAAAAAUAUAAUAAUAUUUUAGUUGAUGAACUUGAAGAUCAGAAUAUUGAAUUUUUCAAUAUCAUUCCUAAAAACCCUAAUUCAAAAUCAAAAUUACAUUGGAAUACAACAAUUGAAACAAUAAUGAAAGUAAAUAAUCUUGAAGAUGAUGGAAUAGAUGAAUUAUCUCAACAAUUACCUUCGAUGUUAGAAUUUAUUGAAAAGGAAUUUACUAGAACCAAUGGUCAAACCAAAAUAUUAAUUCAUUGUAGAGUUGGGGUAUCCAGAAGUGCAACUGUUGUUAUUGCAGAAAUAAUGAGAAGGUUACAAAUUAAUUUAUCAAUGGCUUAUCUUUAUGUUAGAGUUAGAAGAUUAAAUAUUAUUAUUCAACCUAAUCUAAGGUUCAUGUAUGAAUUAUUCAAAUGGGAAGAACUGAUCAAAUUAGAGACUAAAAAUCAAUUUUUAAAAGGGCAAACAGGUGAAUCUGAAGUUGUCAAUUAUAAUGAUGGUAGUAUUUACUUAAGAGAGAUUGAUUGGUUUAUAAUGUGUCGUGAGAUAAUGAAGUUGAAUAUUCCAUAUUUGAAUAAUUAG